AUGGCGGCCGCAUGUUGACGUGGGUGAGACGCGACGAGGGACCGACAACGCUUUACGUUAGAAAAAUAUUGAAGUGACUGACACGAUGAAUAUGUCGGUAGAGAAAAAAAAAUAUUCAUCGGCGCUGCCAACGAAUUGGCCGGUCAGAGACGAACAAUCGAGGAAACCUGCGAGUCAAUUAUCAUCAACGGGCAAAGUUGACGUCUACUACUACAGUCGUGGUGUGAGGAACGACGCUUCCCUUGUACCUCCGAUCAGGCAAACGGCAUCGAUUUUCAAACAGCCAGUAACUAUAUACAAAACACAGGAGGGAAAAGUGAAAGACAUCAAACAUGGUAAUCAAGAUAAACCAAAACAGGAAGGGGCCGAAAAGUCUGAAGGCAAACAUGGCUCUCAAGACAAACCUAAGCAGCUCUUCUGGGAGAAGCGGCUCGAAGGUUUGCGGGCCUGCGACCCGGAUGGUUACGAGUUCGAUGGAAUGGACUUACCAAAGACUCUGAAGCCGGUCGGCCCCUACGUAACCGAGGAGACUUUACUUCAAAGCGUUGCCACAGCCCUCCACGUAUCUUCCCAACCCGUAACAGGACAAACUGGCUCGAAAACGGCUUUGGAAAAAAAUCCUGGUGUUUUUCUCAACCCGGAACAGCCCCUCGUUCAGGCAGUAGCUAUUGCCGACGAUGACAUCAAACGACAAGAAGAUCGCGUUGCUGUAGCAAGGAAAAAGCUACAAGAUGCUCUCAGGGGCAUAGCUACUUGAACUACUGUAACGUAACAUGUUGGAGGAUAUUGCAUACUGAUUAUUUAUAAGACAACUGUGAAAUACUUUAUGUCCGUAUUUUCGUUUUAUCUCUACUUUCUUAUUUA